AUGGACACAGCAAGCACAGCCAGCUCCUCCGAUUCGGGCCGGCGCAGGCGUCACCACUCGGGCGAUGAGCGCUCCAGCAAGAAGCGCAAGCACGACAGCAAGCACCUCAAUGGCGGCCACGAGCGUCGUGGCAGCAUAAGCGCACCAGCCCGUGACCCGCGAGAUAUCCCCGCCGAGAGGCCCAAGAAGAAGUCCAAGAAGGCCAAGCAGCAGGGCAACAGAAUAUCCACGAUCCGCGAAGAGGCCGAUCAGCAGCAGCACGACGAGGCCGCCAGCGCCAAGGCGACAGCAACGCCGCCCGGCACGAUCACGCGCUCCCCAAGCCCCGUCAUCGACUUUGAUGGCCUUUCAAGACCGAGCAGGGGCACACGCGAGAGGUUGGAGGAGACAAAAGAGCAGGCCGAUAAGCGCUUGGCUAAGAUGUGCGACGCCGUGCGGACAAUUCUGGAGUGUGUCGGCGAGGAUGUCGAUAGGGAGGGCCUGCUGGCGACGCCAGCAAGGUAUGCCAAGGCCAUGCUGUUCCUCACCAAGGGUUACCAACAGAAUGUGCGGGAUAUUGUCAACGGGGCCAUCUUCGAGGAGGGCCACAAUGAGAUGGUCAUCGUGAAGGAUAUUGAGAUCUUCAGCAUGUGCGAGCAUCACCUGGUGCCAUUUACAGGCAAGAUGCACAUCGGCUACAUUCCUGACAAGAACGUUAUCGGCAUAUCGAAACUGCCCCGAAUCGCAGAGCUUUUCGCCCGCCGCCUCCAGAUCCAGGAGCGUCUGACUAAGGAGGUCGCCAACGCCAUCAUGGAGGUCCUGAAGCCGCAGGGUGUCGCGGUGGUUAUGGAGUCCAGCCAUCUGUGCAUGGUCAUGCGCGGCGUGGAAAAGACUACCGCAAGCACCAUCACGAGCUGCGUUCUGGGCUGUUUUGAGCGCAAGGAGAAGACAAGGAAUGAGUUCCUGAACCUGAUCGGUAUCAACAGGUAA